AUGUACCUCUUUCUACUUCAGCUGCUGAUGCUAUUGCCUCUUGUGAAGGCUGCGGAGCGUGGGCAUGGCCAGCAAAGUCAGAGUUCAAUCUCUCUUGUGCGCCUUCAAAGGAAUCGCAGAGAUUUGCUCAGAGGCUACCACGAGGAAGCUGAGGAGAAGCCUGAUCUGUUUGUAGCAAUGCCACAUCUGAUAGGGGCUGCUCCAGCCAGGGAAGGCCAGAGGCAGAGAGAGAAGAUGGUAUCCAAAUUCGGGAGGUUCUGGAAGAAGUCUGAGAGAGAAAUAAGCUCAUCUCCAUACUUGUUCAGUGAGCACUUCGCUCCUCGGACACAGGCCCAUACUCAACCAUUGCAUGGGAUGCAAAUGGAGAAAUCACCCCUUCAGGAAGAAGCCAAGAAAUUCUGGCACCACUUCAUGUUCAGGAUGAGCCCAGCUUCUCAGGGGAUCAUUUUGCCUAUCAAAAGUCAUGAAGUGCAUCAGGAGACCUGUAGGACAGUGCCCUUUAGCCAGACGGUCACCCAUGAAGACUGUGAGAAAGUAAUUGUACAGAACAACCUUUGCUUUGGGAAAUGUGGGUCUGCCCAAUUCCCCGGAACAGCCCCGCACACUCACGCCUUCUGCUUCCACUGCGCACCAGCCAAGUUCACCACAGUGCACUUACAGCUGAACUGCACCGACAUUGCUCCUGUGGUCAAGGUGAUCAUGGUGGUAGAGGAGUGUCAGUGCAAGAUGAAGGCUGAGCAUGAGCAUGGACACCUCCUCCAGGCUGGAUCCCAGGCAGAAAUUCAUGCCCAGGACCCUUUUAUCCCAGGUAUUUCCUCUUAA